AUGGCGCGCUAUAAGGUGGACACCGCCGCACUCAUAGAAACCCGAUUCUCAAAACAAGUCCAACUCGGGGAGGUGGGUGCCGGCUAUACCUUCUUCUGGAGUGGUCGUCCCAAAGCAGAGCGACGAGACGCGAGUGUCGCCUUCGCUCGGGCGUCGUUGAGAAGGGGCUUCUUCUGGACCAUCGCAGGAGCCCUCAGGUAAGCGAAAGUUGUUCUGUUUCCUUACUUUGCCUGUUACUGCUACAUGUUGUACGCUUCUCUUGCCGACUGCUCCAUGUUUUGUUGCUUGCUUUUACUUUUCCUUACUAAAAGCAAGCUGGCGUUGUGCUGGACUUCGUGCAUUGGUUUGCCCACAGCUGUCUCUGCUUGUCAGCUGCCAGCUCGUCCACGCAUCUUCCAUCCUCUCCCCCCCCCCAAUUCAAAGACCCUGGACAACUGUGGUGGUUCUCUCACUAACGCAAAGCCGUGGCCUUUAGUGGAGUUUAGCGGUCCUAUUUAGGGGGUGCGCUGCCAGCCGUGCGAGGGGAAAGGGAUACAAAUAUGCCCUAAGAAUUGCUGGGAACCACGCUGUCUGUAGGCUAUCCGUUGCCGAAGACAAACAACACGGUCAAAACAGCCGAAACCGAAACAACAACCACUCCCUAUUUUCCUGCUGCAUCUUCUCCUUCAUCUCCUCCUUCUCCUCCCCGUCCCACUUCGUUCCCGAGUCAAUCCGAAGAGCAGCCGACCGGAAGUGAGGACGGCGCUAGUUGCUCGGGAACUGGCGUUCCACAAGGUGGAUAUCGCCGCAUUCAGCGAGACCCCGUUCUACAAAGAAGGUCAACUGGAGGAGGUGGGUGCCGGUCACACCUUCUUCUGGAGUGGUCGGCUCAAGGCGACGAGACCCGGGCGUCACCUUUGGCAUCCGGAAAGACAUCGUGGGACGACUGCACUGUCUGCCGCAGGGCAUCAACGGUCGUCUAAUGAGCCUCCGUCUGCCUCUCUGGAGAGGCAAAUUCGCCACCAUCAUCUGCGUCCACGCUUGCCCAUGACCAUCCCCAACGCCAAAAAGGCCAAAUUCUACGAGAACUUGCACGCCCUCCUGGCAACUAUGUCAAAGGCAGAUAAGAUGAUUGUGCUUGGUAAAAUCAAUGCCCGCGUCGACACAGACAAUGCUGCAUUGAAAGGAAUGCUCUGGUUCUUUUGGUCUCAACGGCUGCAAUGA